AUUACACAGUCCGUUUAGAAUUGCCUAAUUGAUAAUAAUACUGUUACAUUUACGCGGAUUUAUUAAAUACUGUAUAUUUUAUUGGAUUUAUAGUUAUUCCGUACAAAAUAAGAAAUUUAAUCAGAAAAUCCUUUGAAACAAAUGAAUGAAUCAAAUAUGUUAUAUCAUCGUCCAUUAUAUCCACGUAUGGGUGUACAACAUAUACAUAAAGAAUUUAUUAAAUUAGGAACAAAAUUUGAAAAUGAGAAUUCAACUAUCAUAAUGAAAAAUUAUAAUUCUAAUAAAUUUUUAAAAAAAAAUUCCAUAUCACUAAUUGAACAACAAAAAAAAGAGAAUAAUAAAUUACAAGAGAAAUUGAAAACAAUGAAAAAUGGACAAAUAUUACUGAACACAAUUAUGCCAACUACAAGACAACCAAUUAAAGCAAAGCAUGUAUUACGCAAUCAAGAUAUAUCUGAGUUAAAUACGUCCAUGAGAAAUGAACAGAAUCCUUGUAAUAGUUCAAUUACUGAUGAUGUUAAUUGUUGGAGGACAACUAACUGUGAUGCAACUGAAUCAAAAAAGGUUGUACAUAGUCGUUCGGUUGUAUCAUCACCAACUGAUUCAUGUUCUUGUCAAACAAUAAAAAUAUGUCCUAAUCCAGAUAUACAAAGAAGAGUUAGUACAGAUGGUGUUUCAUUGACAAAAUCACCAAGAUUCACAGAUUUAAGUUGGAGUAAUGAUAAAUCCACACCAGCAAAGCGACAGAAUAUAGAGCAUUCCUGUAUACCACCGGAUGUGGAUCUAUCGAAUAGAUGUCAUAUUACAUUUAUUCCCCAUUCAGUUAGAUGUUUUCAAUCAGGUAUUCUCUUUUUUUCUAUUCAAAAAAUCAAUAGAAACGACCAAUUGUCAGAACAUUCACUAAAUUUUUCAAUCAAUCAAAUCCCCACAAGUGAUUAUGCGUCAAUGAAUUCUCUCAACACCAAUUCUUGUUUAUCAUCAUCACAAUCUAGUUUGAAAAAACAAACUGUUUCUUUAAAAAGACGUAGCCGAUGGAGUAUUGAUAUAACAAAACGAUCUACACGUCGUAGUAGUACUGGAAGUUUAAAAGUGAAACAAUUAGAUAUUGAACAAAACAAUAAGAAUUUAAAUGUAAAAGAUACAAUUCUAGAGUCAAAAUUAGAACGUUCUGAUCUAUUUAAAGUAAUUAGACGAUCAGCACGUCGAACAUUAAGUAGUUUAUGUAAUGUAUUACGAUAUUCUAAUCCAAAUUUGGCAACUGCCUUAAAUAAUUCAAAUAUAAAUGACCAUUAUACAAGUUCUGAUCCUGUUCAAUUUGAUGAACACCAUAUUGAUACUUCUUUAUCCACACAAUCAGUUGAAGUAAAUGAUCUAGUAAAAGAAAACAUUCAUAACAGUCUUAAUUCACAGAAUAACACUGUUUUAUCACGAUUUGUAACAUUGAAAAGACCUGAUUUAAAUGAACCAUUCGGUUUAUUCGUGAUCAAAUCUGAACAAGGUUAUCGUAUUACUCGUUUAUCAGAACGAUUCAUUCAAAAUAAUCCAACGAAUCAAAUAUCUAUUGGUGAUGAAAUUAUUCAAGUAAAUAAAAUUGAUUCAAUUAAAUUUACUAUUCAUGAAUUACAAGAAUUAUUUCAAAAAAGUCAAACACUUUUAUUGACAAUUAUUCAUCCAUUACAUUAACUAGAUCUCUUAUCCUACCAUUUAUCGGUACUCAUUUAAUCUAUCAAUAAGUAAAGAUCACUAUGCGAAGGGGUUUUGUGGAGAUUGUAGCAAUUUCAAUUGACUCAUGAUCUCAACUUUUGAAAGUGAAGAUCAAUUUGAAAAUCACAUUGUAUCAUUCUAUUAAGUGAUAGUUUACAAUAGUUUAUAUAUAGAGUUCUAUAUUCAAAUGUUCAUCUCAAAGUUUUACCUGUUUUAUUAUUACUAUUAUCAAAUAGUUUGAUGGUUUAUUUUGUAAACAUUUACUUAUUUAUUUUUCUAUUUAUUUUGUAACUUUUCAUUAUUAUUACUUUUGUG